AUGAAUGUUAAACUCGAUCAGAUGGGUUACGUGUAUGAGUUUAUUUUGUGGGCCUGCGGGAUAUCUCAAGUUCUAGCCCACCAGUUCAUCUGGAACAUGAAGACGAACAUUUUCAAAGACGAGGAAGGUCUCCUGUAUGAUGACCAGAUUGGCGAGAUCCUUGAAAAUCUAAUGGAGCAGAUCAAGAAAUCGUCAACAGCUGCGGCUAGGCUGUUCUAUGAGAGAGAGUUCGAGUUCUUCUUCAAGAUCACCGACAUUUCUAGGAUCAUUAAACCCUUCCCGAAAGGUGAGGAACGUAAGAGGGCCUGUCUGAAGGCCCUGAGGGAGGUGCCCCUGCAAGUCGGCUGCUACCUGCCCUCCAAUCCUGAAGCCAUUGUCGUUGAUAUUGAUUAUAAUUCUGGAACCCCAAUGCAGAGCGCUGCAAAAGCGCCAUACCUGGCAAAGUUCAAGGUGAAAAAAUGCACUGUAAAGGAACUGGAAGAGAUUGGAAUGUCUGAUGAUCCUGCAGAAUACUUGAAACAACUGGAUAGCAAAAGUUCGGAAUGUUGGACUGCUUCCAUAUUCAAAGUUGGAGAUGAUGUUCGACAGGAUAUGCUGGCUCUGCAAAUUAUCUCAUUCUUCAAAGAUGUCGUUGAAAGCGUAGGUCUUGAAAUGAAGUUGUUCCCAUACAGAGUGGUUGCCACCUCACCCGGAUGCGGAGUGAUUGAAUGUGUGCCGGACAGUCGGUCGCGAGAUCAGAUAGGCCGGCAGACUGACAUAGGCAUGUACGAUUAUUUCAUCACGAAGUAUGGCGAUGAAUCUACAUCGACAUUUCAAAAUGCACGACGCAACUUUGUGAUGAGUAUGGCAGCCUACAGCGUGAUAACGUACAUACUGCAGAUCAAGGACCGGCACAAUGGCAAUAUAAUGCUUGAUAGCCAGGGACAUAUCAUACAUAUUGACUUUGGCUUCAUGUUCGAAAGUUCGCCAGGAGGCAAUAUGGGGUGGGAGCCAGAUUUCAAACUGAACGACGAGAUGGUGCUCAUCAUGGGAGGUUCCAUGGAGGCCGCGCCCUACAAAUGGUUCCAGGAGAUCUGCGUUAGGGGAUAUUUAGCUCUCAGGCAACACAGAGAGUCCGUCGUCUCAUUGGUCUCUCUGAUGUUGGACACCGGACUUCCGUGUUUCCGGGGAAGGACCAUCAAGCAGCUGAGGGCUCGUUUCUUCCCGAAUCAUUCCGAGAAGGAAGCUGCCCAGGAGAUGCUGAAAGUUAUUUAUAGCUGCUAUCAGAGUUUUCGCGGCAAGACGUACGACAUGAUCCAGUACAUACAGAAUCAAAUUCCUUAUUGAUUGUUGUGUGUGUGUGUGUUCGUGUUUUGUGUGUGUGUUUUGUGUAUGUGUACGUGCGAUUGUGUGUGCGAUUGUGUGUGUGUGCGCGCGAUUGUGUGUGGUUUACAUAUUUCAUUGCUGUUUUCAGGAUUUUUGUAGAGAGUUAAGACAUAGAUUGAUGUGUAUUAUUAUAUUAGUUUGUAAGCGUUAAGCAUAUUACAACAUCGUUUGUAUAUAUACAAUGUAAAUUGUAUGCUGUAUGAUAAUCAGUAUUUGUAUAUCUUUGCAUGUUUUUUUGUAUUGUUUGUUCGUGAUUUUUUGAUCAAAUUUCAUUUGUAUGAACAUGAAUGAUACAUAGCAGAUGGAUAUAUACAUGGAUAGUCUGGCUUUUCCAACCAAUGUCAAUUGUAUCAUAUUCAUUAAUUUUUUAAACUUUUUC